AACUGAAAUUUCUCGCUGCGCCAGUUUGAAUCAGAAUCUCAGACAGCGAACAACGUCGAGUCCAAGUAAAAACAACAAAAGCAACCAUGCCAAUUGAAGUCAACACACCCGAUAAAUUGGAAUACCAAUUCUUCCCGGCCAGCGGCGGAGUCUUCACCUUUAAGGUGCGUUCUGCCAAGGAUGCCCAUAUCGCGCUCACCCCUAGCCCGCAGGGAAGCGCUCCCAUUUACGAGAUUUUCUUGGGCGGAUGGGAGAACAGCAAGUCUGUUAUUCGCAAAGAUGGCCAAAAACCAGAUGUGGUCGAGGUGCCAACACCAGGCAUUCUGAACGCCGGCGAGUUCCGUGGCUUCUGGGUGCGUUGGUACGACAAUGUCAUCACCGUGGGUCAUGAGGGCGACGCUGCCGCCUUCCUGUCCUACGAUGCGGGAGCUCUGUUUCCAGUCAACUAUGUUGGCAUCUGCACGGGCUGGGGUGCCAGCGGCACCUGGCUGAUAGAUGAUGCCGCACCCUCGGCGCCCGCUAUGGGCUUCGCUCCGCCCACUGGCAGCGGAGCCGGAUGCUGGGUAGCCGCCGCCAACGGCGAGGUUCCGGCAAACGCCAUGCAGGGCGGCUUCGAUAGCAGCGAGCAGCUGUACAUUGCGCGCGCUCGUCACGAGGGCGAUCUCAUUCCCGGCAAGCUGCAUCCUUCACAUGGCGUCACCUACGUUGCCUGGGGCGGCGGUGAGCACGGCCACAACGAGUACGAAGUCCUUUGCGCCGGCGGCGGCCAAUGGCUGCCCGUCGAGGCUGGCAACAUUCCACCCAACGCUGUGCCCGCCGGUGAGACAUCUGAGGGCGAGCCCCUCUUCAUUGGACGCGCCACCCACGACGGCACAGUCACAGUGGGCAAGGUGCAGCCAUCUCACGGCUGCUGCUACAUACCCUAUGCCGGCGAGGAGCUGGCCUACAAGGAGUUCGAGAUUUACGUCUCCAACUGAAUCAUCAAUCGGAGUAGCCCGAAUGUAUUUAAUAGUCAACCUGUGCAUCCUAGAUGCCUUGAGACGCACGCACUGAAAUUUUGAAUAUGCAACUUCCGCUUUUUUCAACGCUUGGCAGCUGAAUAUAUUUUCUUUUAUAUUUAUUUUCUGUCAAUUAUAUAUAUUUUUUUUAUUGUUGAUGAAUCUCGAAUCAAAUAGCGGUUAAUAAUGUUUUCUAUUGUAACUUUUGCACAGUUAACCUGAAAUGUUAAUAAACUUAAAGUUUAAGAA